CGCCGAUCUGAUCCCUGCGCUGCAGGAAUGCUAAAUAAUCUUCGACGGAGAAGAAAAAGCAGAAAAAAGGGCCUCCAGUUACUGAUCUGCUUCGUUGUCAAUGUACUCCCCCUGCUAACGAUCUGACAUUGUCGGAAAGGCGUUUGGAUGCGCAGAUCUACCGGUUUGGCUUCCUUCCUUUUUCCAAACUCUUUAGUUUCUUCUCGGUUUCUUUCUCCACCUCCGCCGUCGUUUGGCGCGUCUUAAUGAUCGCGGCCCGUAUCAGGGUCAUUCAUAGCGAUAGAGAUGCAGUCAUGGAAAACUCUGAGGGCCAGGAGCAGCUUCUGCCUCUUCUGUACCUUGCGAUCUUUAACCCAUCCAGCGAAGCGAACGUUCUCAACAACUCCGUCGCUACAACGGAAGCAGUCGAAGAAAAUUCCACCUAAGAUCAGUGAAAUAUUAUCUGCUCCACGAACUGUGCGACGAAAGGUAGUCAAUCGCGAUUUUCCCGCCACCGUAGCGACUGUACUACAGCAGCUCAAGCAGGAUCUAGAUGAGGCGGAUCCCCUCUGGGCAGGAUGGAACAGAUUCGAGAGAUACGUGAUGAAUGCUUGCCGAAUGGAAGAUUCCAAAAGUAGCGAGAAAAUUGGCCCUCUAAAGCAGGUGAAACUGUCGCUGCAGAACGCUUACCUCCGGUCGGGCCCGUUUGGUCUGAGGGAUGAGUUGGAGUAUCUCCUUCAGGCAGAGUACAUUACUUCAUUAUAUUCUACUCCAAAUCUAGAACAGCAGAAGAAAGUGGCCGAUUUCCGAUAUCCAGCAGAAUGGUAUCCUCAAGCUCGUUCUCUCCAGCGGACAAUACAUUUGCAUGUUGGCCCAACAAACUCCGGGAAGACGUAUCGUGCCCUGAAACGGCUCGAAGCCUGCAAAAAAGGCUUUUAUGCUGGCCCGUUGAGGCUACUUGCGCAAGAGGUAUAUCAACGAUUCAAGGCUGCGGGUGUUCCCUGCAGUCUGGUGACCGGUGAUGACGUCAAAAUUCCGGACGUCCCCCCGAGAAUCACUAGCAAUACCGUCGAAAUGGUUAGCCUAGCUGAGCAAUUCGAGGUAGGAGUCAUUGAUGAAAUACAGAUGAUGGGGGACCCAAGACGCGGUUGGGCAUGGACUCGUGCUGUCCUUGGCUCGCGUGCGACCGAACUUCAUCUCUGUGGUGAAGCAAGGGUUGUUCCGCUGGUAGAAAAGCUUACGGCUCUUACCGGAGAUAAACUGGAAAUCCAUCGCUAUGAGCGAUUGAACCCCUUGAAGGUUAUGAGACGCAGUCUCGGAGGUGAUCUGAAGAAUUUACAGAAGGGGGACUGCCUUGUCUCUUUCUCGCGCAUAGGUAUCCAUGCCUUGAAAGCGGAGAUUGAGAAGACUACUGGAAGACGAGCAGCUAUUGUGUAUGGAGGCUUACCUGCCGAAAUUCGGACACAGCAGGCUAGCCUUUUCAACGACCCUGACAAUGACUAUGACUUUCUUGUUGCUAGUGAUGCUAUUGGGAUGGGUCUGAACUUGAGUUGCAAGCGUAUUAUUUUCGAAACAUUAGUCAAGAGGGUCCCAGAAGGUCUUGUAAGACUAAGCGUGCCCGAGAUCAAGCAGAUUGCAGGGCGUGCCGGUCGAUAUCGCUCGGCAGCGCAGGCUCAGAAAAAGAAUUCUGACGAUGAUGAGGAGCAAAAUGUUGGUCUUGUAACGUCUCUGGAGGAUGUUGACCUUCCAUAUAUCAAAGAGGCUAUGGAACAGGAACCUCCCCCGCUUAAAGCUGCUGGUAUCUUCCCUCCAGAUCCCGCUUUCCAGAAAUUCGCCGUCUACUUCCCUCGUAACAUUCCAUUUGAGUACAUUAUUAAGCGACUACUGGAAAUCUCGCAAGUCCACCCUCUAUUCUUCAUGUGUGAUCCGCGCAGUCAAAUCGGGAAUGCACAGCUCAUAGAUACAGUUGAAGGCCUGCGUAUCGAGGACCAGCUAACACUAAUGGCUGCCCCUAUGUAUAUACGAGACCAGGCUUUGUGGGACAUCACGCGUGCCUUUGCCCAGUGUAUUGCUCAACACACUGAUGGCCGUCUAUUGGACAUACCUGAGGUGAACCUGGAGAUUCUGGAGAGACCCGUAUCUGGACAGAAAGACUAUUUGAAUGAUCUGGAGAGUCUACACAAGGCAAUCAUCCUGUACUCGUGGUUGAGUUUCAGAUUUGGUGGUGUCUUUACCGAUAGGGCUCUGGCAGCCCAUGUUAAGGAACUGGUGGAAGAGAGAAUGGUCAGGGCGCUGACAGAAUUCUCUGCGAACAAGAAGCUGAGGAAGGACGCGUCCCUUCGACGACAAAUCGCCUUGCAGAUGCAAAUGGAGCAACAGAACCGAAUCCUUUCUCAGUCCCGUGUGGCUGAUGAAGAAGAACAAGAGAUGCCCAUUGAUCUCUCAGCCGAAGAAAACGAUCUGGAAACGCCUGAGCGUGAAGCUCAAGCAGUAUGAGGUCGCAUUUUCAUAUGUCAUGGGACUAUCACCUUCCCCUUUGUACUACAUUAUUAUCACACGCUUAAAUGCUCUCCUGUUCUCUCAGUGAGGCUAUCAUUACCAGUCACCAUUCGGAGUGCAUGCUGGAAUUAUUUGCGGCUUGGACAAUAUGAACUUCCACGUUGGGUGUGCUGUCAGUCAGAAUCUCAGAAGACGGUAACUUCUUCUAAAAAAUAGGACUUCUGAUGAUGUGUAUCAGUAGAUCGGUAUAUAUGAUGUGACCAUGUCAAAUCUAGAUGUAUCAAUUUAUAUUUGCC